UGCCGCCGCAUGGGCGCUGGAAGGAGGCGGAGCCGCAGCAGCAGCAGCCGCAGCGCCGCGUUCGCCGGCUCCCGGCGCGGUCCGGCCGGCUCCCCGAUGCCCGUGUGGUGCUGCCGCUGCGCCCUGGCCGCACACGUCAGAAAUUACAGUGGUGCUGAAACUGAAGGACAACUUUUAAGUUCCUUCGUGCAGUAUUUUGGUGAUAGCUUUGAGAGGAAAGUUAAAAGAAUGCCUUUAUUAGAAGAAAGCACUCUGCCUGGGGACCAGCUACUGACUCUGCCAGUUGUAAUAAUAGGGAAUGGACCUUCGGGUAUUUGCCUUUCUUAUAUGCUGUCUGGAUACAGGCCAUAUUUGUCUCCUGAAGCUAUACAUCCAAAUCCCAUUUUGCACAAUAAAUUAGAAGAAGCAAGGCAUCUAUCUAUUGUUGAUCAAGAUUUGGAAUACUUGUCUGAAGGACUUGAAGGACGCUCUUCUAAUCCCGUGGCAGUACUUUUUGAUACACUGCUUCAUCCAGAGGCUGACUUUGGAUAUGACUACCCACCAGUUCUGCAUUGGAAGCUAGAACAACAUCACUAUAUCCCACAUAUAGUGCUUGGCAAAGGACCACCUGGUGGGGCUUGGCAUACAAUGGAAGGUUCCAUGUUGACGAUCAGUUUUGGAGACUGGAUGGAGUUGCCGGGACUCAAAUUUAAGGAUUGGGCAGCUAGUAAACGGAGAAAUAUAAAGAGUGACAGAGUAAUGCCAGAGGAAAUAGCUUGUUAUUACAAACAAUACAUUAAGGUUAUGGGUCUCCAGAAGAACUUCAGAGAUAAUACUUACAUAACAUCUGUAUCAAGACUUUACCGAGAAAAGGAUGAAGAUGAAUGCCAACUAAGUGAAAAUAUUUCAACUCGGCAUUUGCAGGUGGAAGCAGAAGAUGGACAGGAACCAUUGAUCAAAAAAAACUGGGAAGUCAGAGGUUAUCAUAGAGCAACAGAUGGUUCACAUGUACCAUUCUGCCUCUUUGCUGAGAAUGUGGCACUUGCAACUGGAACCUUUGAUUGUCCUGGCCGACUCCUGGUUGAAGGAGAAGAUUUUCCCUUUGUGCUUCAUUCGAUGUCUGACUUUGGAGCUGCCAUCAGCAAAGGGAAAUUCCGUGGAAAAGUAGACCCAGUCUUAAUUGUGGGUGCUGGACUUACAGCAGCUGAUGCAAUACUGUGUGCCUACAAUAACAACAUCCCUGUAAUGCAUGUGUUCCGCAGAAGGGUUACUGAUUCAGGUCUAAUUUUCAAACAACUACCUAAAAAGCUUUAUCCCGAAUACCAUAAAGUCUACCACAUGAUGUGCACUCAGUCACAUACUGCGGACUCUAAUAUACAUUCUGCUUAUACCAGUUUCCCUGAGCACCAUGUACUUUCCUUCAAGCCAGACAUGAAAUGUGUCCUUCAGAGUGCCUCUGGAUUGAAGAAAAUCUUAAAGUUCUCCAUAGCUUUAGUUCUGAUAGGUUCUCACCCUAAUCUUUUCUUUCUAAAGGACCAAGGGCAGUGCAUAGGUCAUAAUUCAAACCAACCAAUCACAUGCAAGGGUAAUCCUAUUGAGAUUGAUCCAUAUACUUAUGAGUGCACUAAAGAAAUGAAUCUCUUUGCAUUGGGCCCUUUGGUUGGAGACAAUUUUGUACGUUUUUUAAAAGGAGGGGCACUGGGCAUUACACGAUGUUUGGCAAUAAGACAAAAGAAGAAACAUCAACUAAUUGUUGAAGGUGGUGGUGGUGAUGGGGUGCCCUAAACCAAGCAGUGAUAUAAGACUUUUGUAUAUGGAAUCACAGGCACACUCUGACAAGCAACUCAUUGACAGCUAAAGCCACUAGCAGCCCCACUUUUUGUGAUGUAAUACAAGUGUGGAGAACUUGUAUACCUAGUAGAGGAUGCUGAUGCUACAGUACUUUAUCUUUUUGAAGAGACAAAAAUUUGGUCUGCUCUCAAUUGAUCUGUAUGCAACUUGAAUUGGUUCCAGAUAAACAACAAAUGAAACUAAUGUAUGUUGACUUGCCUGUAGUCUUUUGCUCACACAAGUACAAACUUAUUCUCUGGAAAUAGAGCAUCUGGGCUGGGAGCUGCUUUUUAUUGUAGUGUCAAAAACACAACAAAAAAUAUUCCUAUCUUGAAACUAGAGAUCUAAACCAAGCUGGAGAAGUUUUUUGCUCUUAUUUAAUACAAAUGGUUCGUGGUCUCAAAGUAAAUAUGAAACAAUUCAUUUGGAACAAAAAUUUUUAUUUUGCCGCAGUAAUAGUGUAUAUACCUUUCUUGAGCAUUAAGCAAAUUACUUUUUACAGUAAACAGGAUUUCUACAAACAGAAAAACAUUUGACUUGAGAAUUAUAAACCAUAUCAAUCGUAAUUCAGCACUGGAAUAAAAGAGCGAGCAUUCCUUUAAUCUUAAAUGCAUGAUUUGACAGUUCACUAAUAUGUAUGUCAAGGGUAUGCCCAUACUUCCUGAAGUGCAGAAAGGCCAUAACAUAGGGAUUUCAGAGAGCUGUUCUCUGUUAAAAUGAUAUGUAAUUUUCCAAGAAUAUUCUGGUUUACAGUAAAACAAAGAAGUGCUGAUGUAAGUGUUCUUGCUACAGUGUCAGCAGAAUGAAUGCCCAAUGUCUUGUUACAAAAAAGUGUGGUUGAAAAGGCAGUACACAAAGUGAUUACAAAAUCUGUAAACCACCUUCUUACCUUACAGCUAAGGAAGACUGAAUGGGAACUCUUAUCUGGUGGAGAUGGUGGCAGAUACUCCCCCAUCACCUUGUGUCCAGUAUUGGCUCCUGUUUCUCUGUCUCAAGCAAUGCAUACAGUUAAAACCAGGAUGUUUUUAGGCAUUUAGAUGUCCAUUUUAAAUACCACAUUUUAAAAUUCCUUAUAUGAAAUAAUAAACCUGGAGAAAACUCCUUUAAAACCAUUCUUCACCUGACAAAGUUGCUAACUCAAGUUUUUGGAAGGUAUAAUCUAAGUUUCACAACUUGUGAAGGUGACGAGUGGAGUAUGUCAUAUAUGCCUUUUGAUAAAUAAACCAAUGUAAACACUCUAGUGCUGUUCAUUGUAGCUGGGAUAAGCAGUAGAUCAGUUGUUACUUGCCUAAUUAUGACUCUUAUCAUUCAGAAUACCGACUGAAAAUGUCUUAGUUUAUCCAUCACCAGACACUUUAAUUCACAUCCAGCAUGGUGAAGGUGUUCCCCAGUUCAGUCUGUUACAUUUUUUCAUAAAUGUAUUGUAUUUUCUAAAUGGAACACACAGCAGUUUGGAUUAGAGAGACCAUUUUUCAUUAUUAAAAUGAAGCUCUGUAACUCAGCAAAAUGAUGAUCACUUCAGUGGAUGAAUUAUAAGAACCUGAACCAGAUACAAAGAAACCCCAGCUACCUUAAGGUUAUGGAGCUUGUAUAGUGGAAAAUAUACAUAUUCUGCUGUUUCAGCCACGUGACUUUUGAUAAUUGCAUUAAUAUUCAUACUUGUAAUGCCUGAUCUGUCUGUGCCUCCUUAAAAACACCUAUGCGUCUUAAUAAAGUUUUUCAGGAUCUGGACCUUUUAUUGAAACGGGAAAAAUUAAAUAUUGGGGCAGAUGAGUGUUAAAACCACAA